AGAUCUCAUUUUCUUGUUUGGAUCUAUUGACGAUACGCUAUGAUGAUAUUAAUACAAAAAGGACUUAGAAAAAUUCUAUUAAAGAAGAAAAAUUUUCAUUGAAAUUUGCAGGAGCUUCCAAGUUUUUACUUUAAAACCAACCGAAACCCUGAAAAGAAGAGAAGCAAAUUUUUGGAUGAAAAAACAACUGCAAAUAAAAUCAAAUAUUUGCAUUCAAAUGAUGGCAGCAUUUUGGAAACGCAAGACUUAUUAUGAAAUUUUCUUUUAUUCAAGUUAAAGCGGGCGAAAAACAAAAUCACUAUCUUCAAAAAGCCUAUGAAUUAAAUUAUAAUGGCAAAUAAAUUAACGCUUUUAUACUUCAAAACGCAAAAUUAUAAGAGUCUGCAAUCAUUCGAAUAGGAAAUGUACAAAUAGACAAAACAAGAAAUAUAUAACAAAAACAAAAUAUAUCAUACAGCGAAUAGGAAAAAUUUAACUGAUAUUUCCUAGGAUUCAAUAACACCAACAUAUAGUAAAGAAGAAAGCUAUGCUAAAUAUAUUGUUACUUUUACAAAAUCAUCAUGAACAUGAAUGCUGAAAAUACAAAUUUUGAUUACAACACCAAUAAUAACAUUAAUAGCAGCAAUUUAAUUUCUUCUUCAUCAUUAUCAAACUCUCGACAAUCUCUUCUAUUAUUAUUCGAUAUCGAAACAACUUCAACAAAUCUUUCAAAUUUUGCUCUACUACAAAAUAAUAUUAGCGGUAAUAUUGGAGGAAAUAAUAUCAUUAAUAGCAAUAUUGGUGGAUUUGUUAGCAGUUCAUUAACUACAAAUAAUAUAAGUGGUGGAAGUGGUAGCAGUGGUAGUUUUUCCGGUAUCGAUAUCAGUAAUAAUCUUCCAAUAGUCGGUCCAUAUUCAAGUGCCAGCGAUAAUAGUAUUAGUAUUAAUAGUGGUAGCAGUAGUUUAAAUAAUCAAAAUAAUAAUAAUUAUUUUUUUGAAAUGAUUUCAUCACCUAAUUUAACUGCUGAUGAAUCAGUUUCCUUACCAAUUGCAAUAGGUGUAUCUAGUGAUCAAAAUAUUGGCAAUCAUGGAAGUGAUAUAAUAAAAAAUAUUCAUGGUAUUAAUGGUGACGAAUCAAUAGGUUUAGGAGGUAUUAAUGUUGCUAAAAAUAUUGUAAUCAGUGAUCAAGCAGUAACAUCAACAUUUUUUAACAAUGAUAUAAAUAUGAUAACAAAUGAUGGUUAUGGUAAAGAUUCGUUAAUACCAGAUAUAAUGAUGGGUGAUCCGCCACCACCUGAUACAAUCGUUUUAUUAAUAAAAUGUUUUAUAAUUGGUUUCAUUAUUUUGGCUGCAAUAUUUGGUAAUAUGCUAGUUAUCGUAUCAGUUAUGCAACAUAGAAAAUUAAGGGUCAUUACAAACUAUUUUGUCGUAUCAUUGGCUGUGGCUGAUAUGCUUGUUGCGCUGUGUGCAAUGACAUUUAAUGCAUCCGUUGAAAUUUCUGGGAAAUGGAUGUUUGGAUCAACAAUGUGCGAUGUUUGGAAUUCAUUUGAUGUUUAUUUUUCGACAGCUAGUAUAUUGCAUUUAUGUUGUAUAUCAGUGGACAGAUACUAUGCCAUUGUUAGACCACUUAGUUAUCCUUUAAUAAUGACACAUUCAAAGGUUAUGCUCAUGUUACUUAUUGUGUGGAUGUCACCAGCGCUUUUAUCAUUUAUGCCAAUAUUUUUGGGCUGGUACACAACAUCAGAGAAUUUGGAGUUUUUACAACAAAAUCCGGAUGUCUGUGAAUUUAAAGUUAACAAAUCCUAUGCAAUUAUUAGUUCAUCAGUUAGUUUUUGGAUACCUGGAAUAGUUAUGAUUUAUAUGUAUUUUAAAAUAUAUCGUGAAGCAGAUAGACAAGAACGAAUGUUAUAUAGAUCUAGAGUUGCGGCACUAUUACUUGACAAACAUUUACAAAUUAAUCAUAUACCAGUACCUAGACCGAGUAUACAAAUUGAACAAACGGCAAUAACAUCAAUGAGAAGAGAACGAAAGGCCGCACGGACAUUGGGUAUCAUAAUGAGUGCAUUUUUAUUAUGUUGGCUUCCAUUUUUUCUAUGGUACAUUACAUCCUCGUUAUGUGAUGAAUGUAUGACGCCAAAAAUUGUUGUUGGUAUAUUAUUUUGGAUAGGUUAUUUUAAUUCUGCUCUAAAUCCAAUUAUAUACGCGUAUUUUAAUCGCGAAUUUCGAGCAGCAUUUAAAAAAACAUUGAAGUCUUGUUGCCCGUACACGAUAAUGAAUUGUAAAGUAAGUGAUGGUGCUGAUCUUCCACCAUAUUUACAUUCAACAGCAUCAUCUGAAAUUCAUAUGAAUAUUAUCCGUUCCAGAAAUUUUUCAUCAAAUUAUCAAUUGCAGCAAUAAUAAUGAAUUUGAAAUAAUUGAUGUUUAAAAAUAAUUUUUCAAAUAAUAUCCAUAAAUUGUAAAUAAUAAAAUAUAAAUAAUUAUUAUAUACAUACAUAUAUAUUACGAUACAAUUUAUGUAUUAUAUAUAGAGUAAUUAACAUAAAUUGUAUAGAAGAUAUUGUAAAGAAGGAUACACAAAAAAAAAAACCAUUAAUAACAGA